UCGCAGGAAUGGUGGUUUUCCCGAUUGCACUAAUUGGAGUAAUGGCUAAUUGGACAGUUGCUCUUUUGAUUCGAAGACUACCUUCUCUUAAAAACUCAUUUGGACGUCUAACUGCUUCUCAAUCAAUUGGAGAUGCAAUACAUUCAACUGUUUUUGCGUUCAUCUUUUCACCAAUGUGUUUCUUUAGCGUGGAGAUUAUGAAAACGUACUCCUCAGCUUUUGGACAUAUUCUUCUAAUUGCCUAUGACAUUUCAACAUAUUCUCACUUGUGCAUUUCUUUGAAUCGUUUUUGCUCAAUUGUGGCUCCAAUAAAAUAUGACACCAUAUUCAGUAUGUCCAACACCAAAAAGCUUAUCAUGUUUUCAUGGGCGUGUGCUGUUCUUCCAUCAUUCUAUUUAUACAUCUACCAGGACUGCAGGUUUUAUUACAUUGAAGAUUUUUGGGUGUUCACAUUCUCCACGACACCAGUGUGCAACACAAUUGUUUGGUAUGCUGACUUCUUGAAGUAUAACUCAAUUGUUAUUUCAAUUGUAAUUAUUGAUGUGAUUACUGUAUCGAAAGUGAGAAGCUACAAAGCUGGACUCUCAAAAACAACGUCACAAUCUCAUGAAAAGAAACGAAGUGCUGAGAUGAAUUUCUUGAAGCAAGCAUGUCUUCAAGCAUUUGUGUUUGUCUGUGAGCUUAUCACAUACUUCCUGAUUACUCCAAGAGUUGAUGGAAGUGAAAGAUGGCUUCGCUUUUUCCUAUCAACUGUUGCAUGGGUCUGUGUUCACAUGCUGGAUGGUGUCAUCACUCUAAGCUUUAACAAAGAGUUCACUCAAACCAUAUUCCGAGGAAUCAAAAUCAAAGAUUUAUCGGGACACAUUGGUCAUCAUCAGGAAAACUCCUCAAAUGCUGGGGCAACUCAUACAACCAGACAUUGAUUUCAUUAAUGUAUCAACAAAUUUGUACAGAUGUGUCUUACUUUUUUGCAUAAUCAAGAAAUUUCC